AUGUUUCAAUUCCCCCCUCCUGCGGUGACGCCGCCGCAGUCGAACCUCGAUGCAAAUACCAUGUUUCCGAAUAACGACUCCUCCUCCUUCAACGAUCACCACCUCCGCAAUAUCGCAUCGCCCUCUGCUCUUUACCCGCCACGCCAAGAACAUCACCUCCGACGAAAGACCCCGAACGGAACCAUCGACGCUGGUUAUGACGGAUCACCAUCGCCGUUUUCGCAUGGCCCUCCACCCCCAAAACAUCUAUUCCAACCUCGAUCGGCAACUGCGACAGCGUUCCCUCCCACUGGCCCGUCAAUACACCGACCUCACUUCAACACCGGUAUAGAACCUCAUCAUCCAUCCUCAGCUGGCAACAAAGGAUUCGGCGACAAUCUGCAAGCACAUACCAGGUCCUCCAGCUGGGCUUAUGGGGGUGAUACGGCAUCACACCAUGGCGCUUUUCCCGGUAAUCAUUAUGGCUUGCAUCAAGCCGACGGGCAUUUUAAUCCAUAUGGCCAACCUGAGAUGCCCGGGGGGGUUCCCAACGCUUAUCAACCAGUAAUAAGAGCUCACGAGUACAAUGUCAGAGCAUUCUGUCCACCACCGGUUGUCAUGAACGAAUCGCUGCCCUUCGGUCAGCCGCCCUGGGGUUUUCACGCUCAGGCUGGCGUCGUUCCAAAUCAUGUUCAACAACAGGGCAUUCGUCCAUUUCAACACCAUGCUAUCCCUGGGAUCGCGCAACGGUCUUCUUUUCCUCCUACUGUUGGGGCAGAUCCCCAAGGCCAUGCCGGCUAUGACUUGGGUAUGCCCAGGCAAUCCUAUCAUGCGCCUGCUCCUAUAAGCAGUCAGCAAGGUUUUAGGGAAAAGAUGCUGUUACAAGCACAUAAGGUUUAUGUUGACCUUCUAGCGUACACGCAAGCUGUUCGAAAACCACUUUCGACAAAAAGCGCAAGUGGAAACAACACCUCGCCGAGGCUUCUUGUUUACCCCAAACCACCGAAGCCAUCAUCGAGGAUCUCAGACGCGUCUAUUGGACACGAAGAUACGAAUUUCAAGCUUUCUCAAGAAAUUGGACAGUAUCAAAGCUAUGGCAAUAGAAGGCAUACAACCCAUAACUUCCAUGGGUCUUCUAACAAUUACUUGCCCAUGGGAAAUCCGACCCCAUUCGCAGCAGCCAAGUCUACGUUGGAUGUCCUCAGUAACCUCUGCGAGCAGAGCAGCUGGGGGUGGAUAGAUGAGGCACUGGAAUGGUUUUCAAGAAUCAUUGCCCUUGACUCGAGCGAUGUCGAGGCUAUCACAAACAAAGCCGCCACUCUUUAUUGCCUCAGCCGUCAAGAUGAGGCCGAAAAACAUUGGAUUCGGGCUGUCGAAGUUCGCCCUAGUUACCUAGAAGCCGUUGAGCAUCUAGUUGGUUUGUUAUACAAAAAGCGUAGUAGAGAAGCCGUUGAAAUCAUCGACCAUGUUCAGCGUGCUUUGAGAAUAUCUUCGGUGCAAGACCAGCGAAAUGCGCCUCAGGGGCUUCAUGGUCAAGUAGCGAAGACUCCCGGUUUCGCGUCAAGUGGUUACGCCUUACCCGCAAAAGAGAAUGGACGUAUACUAGCUUUGAUACACGCCAAGGGAACCAUGCUAUACAGUCUCAAAGAAGUCAACAAAGCAUCAGAAGCCUUUGAAGAGGCCGUAUUGAUCAGCGUAGGUCGCCGGAUGACUGGCAUACAGGAUCUUGUUCGUCAGAUUCAAACAGCGUUAUCGCCAAACGAAAGUCAGGGUCCAAGCAGCUAUACCACACGACCGUUAUUACUUCCUCCUGAGCGCGCUCGUCAUACUGCACAAUUGGUUUUUGGCGGUAACGGAGCCCUACCAGGACUGCAGCAUGUGGCAGAAGGCUCGACUAAACGAGCAGCUGUACAGACCACGAGUAACUCACUGCUAUCACUGGCGAAGAUAUUUCAAGAUUCUUUGUCAACCGGACAAGGAGCCCCGAAUAUCUUACGACGCCCCUCAGGGGUUGAGGAUAUCUUGGCGUUAUACUAUCUGUCCUUGUCCCUUCAAGAGAGUCCUUCUACGGCCAACAAUGUCGGCAUUCUCCUCGCUGGAGUACAACAAGCUGCAUCCAACCCACCAAAGCCAAAUGCCGAUGUUUUUUCUCAUCCAAACAUUCCAGGGAUUGUGCCAGGAAGCGGACUGGCUUUGGCUUUGGCGUAUUACCACUAUGGCUUGCGUCUGGACCCCAAGCAUGUGCAUCUACAUACUAAUCUGGGUAGCUUGCUCAAGGACAUCGGUCAAUUAGAUCUUGCUAUCCAGAUGUAUGAACAGGCUGUGUCGUGCGACGGGACCUUCGAUAUCGCCCUGACAAAUCUAGCCAAUGCUGUCAAGGACAGAGGCCGCAUUAACGACGCAAUCUCGUACUACAAAAGGGCUGUCAACUCGAAUCCCGAAUUUGCUGAGGCUGUGUGCGGUCUGUCUACAGCCCUGAAUUCUGUUUGUGACUGGAGAGGCCGAGGCGGCGUCAUGCUCAAAGGCGGGAAAUAUGAUCGAUGGCAUGUUGAUGAUCAAGGAUUGCUCAUUGAUGCUAAGGCUCUUGGGCAUGAGGAUGGUCUUGUCAACCGUGUCGUUCGCAUCAUUAAUCGUCAGCUAAACGAAGCAUCGCAUUGGGGGCGUGGUAUUCUUGACGAAAGGCGCAUUGCUGUAUUUGCACAACAGAUCCAGGAUCUGGGCAUAGGCACAUCCCAGGAGGUUGAAAAGGGUCUGAGAAAUUGGAGUAACAAGCCAUGGGAGGGCUCACGCAUCGUUCGUUUGAUAGAGCGCGCGACCCGGGCCACACAAUGGAAGUGGUACCAUGACCGUCACGAUGGUAGCCAAGCAGCUACUCGGUACACUCGCCUUCGUCUGCCCAACGGGCUUACAGUGCCUUCAGCGCCUACGGUCUUGCCCUUUCAUACUUUUACCUGUCCCCUAUCAGCAAAAGACAUACGAACAAUCUCUCAGCGUAACGGAAUUCGAAUCUCCUGCUCUACAUUGCGAUUACCUUGGUUACCCACGACGGUCUACCGCCCACCACCUCCUCCAAGGCCUCAUCUCAACAUUGGAUAUGUAUCAUCGGAUUUCAACAACCACCCUUUGGCUCAUCUAAUGCAAUCCGUAUUUGGAUUCCAUGAUCCUCAACGUGCGCGCGCCUUUUGCUACGCUACAACGGCAAGCGAUCGAUCUGUGCACCGACAGCAGAUCGAACGUGAGGCGCCUGUUUUCCGUGAUGCCAGCAGUUGGCCUGCGGACAGGCUUGUUGAACAGAUUGUCAAAGAUGAGAUUCACAUCCUUGUAAACCUAAAUGGCUAUACACGAGGAGCUCGCAAUGAGAUCUUUGCUGCGCGGCCUGCGCCAGUCCAGAUGUCUUUCAUGGGCUUCGCCGGUACAUUGGGGGCCGAAUGGUGCGAUUACAUCCUAGCAGACAGCACUGCUAUCCCACCCGAAACCCUACGACCCUGGCGUGGUAACUCCACUGUCGCUGAUGUACUCAAGGAUGAGACAGAGGGUGAAGAGGAGGAUUGGAUGUACUCGGAGAACAUCAUAUUCUGCCGAGAUACCUUUUUCUGCUGCGAUCAUGCCCAAUCGUGUGAUGAAGGCGAACGUUUGAUUACCUGGGAACAAGAACAGCAACGUCGCUGGAAGAUGCGGAAAGAAUUAUUUCCUGCUUUGGCUGAUGACAUUAUAAUAAUGGGCAACUUCAACCAGCUGUAUAAAAUUGAACCUACAACAUUCAGAACAUGGUUACGGAUCCUGGCACAGGUUCCGAAGGCGGUGAUAUGGCUUCUUCGGUUUCCUGAAUUGGGAGAGGCCAACCUGCGGCGGACAGCAAAGGCAUGGGCUGGACCCGAAGUUGCGAGUCGCUUGGUCUUCACGGACGUCGCGCCAAAAAGUCAACAUAUUUCGAGGGCUCGAGUAUGCGAUUUGUUUCUCGACACACCCGAGUGCAAUGCUCAUACAACAGCGGCAGACGUUCUCUGGUCGAGCACGCCGUUGCUUACGCUUCCCCGUUAUCCGUACAAGAUGUGCUCCCGAAUGGCGGCAUCAAUUCUUAAGGGUGCCCUGCCAAAAUCAGAUGAAGGGCGACAGGCUGCAACAGAGCUAAUUGCCGACAACGAAGAGGAAUACGAACGCCGAGCAGUCCAACUUGCUACCGAGCUCAGUUACACCAUUUCAGCGGACGGCUAUGGCCAAGGAGAAGGUCGGCUGGCUGAAAUACGCAAGCUGCUGUGGGAAAGUAAGUGGCAUUGUGGGCUGUUCGACACAAGAAGAUGGGUCAGUGAUGUCGAGACGGCAUACGAGGAAGCAUGGCGACGAUGGGUCGCAGGUGAAACUGGGGAUAUUCACCUAUGA